AUGAAGUCCUUUUGGACACUUGCUUUUUACCUCGGGAGCGCUAGUGCUGUCGCCAUCUCCCAACCAGCAUCGAAAGCUGAGACUCCCGAAGGAUCCUUGCAAUUCUUGAGUCUCAGAGCCUCAGCUCCCAUCGGCACUGCUAUCAAUCGUGACAAUUGGAAAGUCACCUGUGAUAGCCAACACCAGGGAGAUGAGUGCUCCAAGGCCAUUGAUGGUGACCGCAACACUUUCUGGCAUACUAAUUGGGCUGCUGGGGCCACCAAUGACCCAAAGCCUCCUCAUACCAUCACUAUCGACAUGGGCUCUUCCCAGAAUGUGAACGGCCUAUCUGUUCUUCCUCGACAGGACGGUAGUGAUCACGGUUGGAUCGGCCGUCACAAUGUCUUUCUAAGCACAGAUGGGAAGAACUGGGGCGACGCUGUCGCAACAGGAACAUGGUUCGCUGACAACACUGAAAAAUACUCUAACUUUGAGACUCGCCCUGCUCGCUACGUCCGUCUUGUCGCUAUCACUGAAGCAAACGGCCAACCGUGGACCAGUAUCGCCGAGAUCAAUGUUUUCAAGGCAGCUUCUUAUACAAGCCCUCAGCCUGGCCUUGGACGCUGGGGCCCAACACUUGACUUUCCUAUCAUCCCAGUAGCUGCUGCAGUUGAGCCUACGUCUGGAAAGGUUCUCGUUUGGUCUUCCUACCGAAACGAUGCGUUCGGUGGCUCCCCUGGCGGCGUAACCUUGACUUCGACUUGGGAUCCUUCUACGGGUGUGAUUUCUCAACGCACAGUGACUGUCACCAAGCACGAUAUGUUCUGCCCUGGUAUCUCCAUGGAUGGAAAUGGGCAGGUCGUUGUCACUGGUGGCAAUAACGCUGAGAAAACAAGUCUUUAUGACUCCUCUAGUGAUAGCUGGAUCCCAGGCCCUGAUAUGAAAGUUGCCCGUGGCUACCAGUCAUCAGCAACUCUAUCGAACGGUCGCGUAUUUACUAUCGGCGGGUCCUGGAGCGGCGGUGUAUUUGAGAAGAAUGGUGAAGUCUAUGACCCAUCUUCAAAAACAUGGACUUCGCUUCCAGGAGCUUUGGUCAAGCCAAUGUUGACUGCCGAUCAACAGGGCAUCUAUCGCUCAGAUAACCACGGAUGGCUCUUCGGCUGGAAGAAGGGAUCCGUUUUCCAAGCUGGGCCUAGCACCGCAAUGAACUGGUAUUAUACUAGUGGAAAGGGUGAUACAAAGUCGGCCGGCAAGCGUCAGUCUAGCCGCGGCACUGAUUCAGAUGCGAUGUGCGGAAACGCUGUUAUGUAUGAUGCAGUCAAAGGAAAGAUCCUUACGUUUGGCGGGUCCCCAAGCUAUCAAGACUCUGAUGCCACGACCAACGCUCACAUCAUCACAAUCGGCGAGCCCGGAAGCACACCAAAGACGGUAUUCGCUAGCAACGGCUUGUAUUACCCACGAACCUUUCAUACUUCUGUUAUUCUCCCCGACGGAAACGUUUUCAUCACUGGCGGCCAACAGCGUGGCAUUCCUUUCGCCGACUCAACUCCUCAGCUUACACCCGAGCUCUAUGUCCCCAACGAUGACACUUUUUACAAACAACAACCGAAUUCCAUUGUCCGAGUCUACCACAGCAUUUCCUUAUUACUCCCUGACGGCAGGGUUUUCAACGGUGGUGGCGGUCUCUGUGGCGAUUGCAAUACCAAUCAUUUCGACGCCCAGAUCUAUACACCGAACAAUCUUUACGACUCUAACGGAAAACUUGCGACACGUCCCAAGAUCACCAAGGUCUCUGCUAAGAGUGUCAAGGUCGGUGGCAAGAUCACAAUCUCGACAGAUACCAGCAUCAAGCAGGCUUCGUUGAUCCGGUAUGGUACGUCAACGCAUACUGUUAAUACUGACCAGCGUCGUAUUCCAUUGAGUCUGAGAAGUACUGGAAGUGGGAACAGCUAUUCGUUCCAGGUUCCAAGCGACUCUGGUAUUGCUUUGCCUGGGUACUGGAUGUUAUUUGUGAUGAACUCGGCGGGUGUCCCAAGUGUUGCGAGUACUCUUCUCGUUACUCAGUAA